AUGAGCACAGCAGAGACAUCAGUGCGAUCAGCGUCUACCACAGUCCUUCCUUACCAACCAGGUACUGGCCCCUGCCACCCGCAAAUUCAGUGUAGACACACAGAUUCUUUGGGUACAUCAUGGGAAACUGCACCUCCAGGAUAAAGAAGAAAAGUGAAGGGAAUUCUGUUCCAGAUGAUAAGAGAGGAACAGAUAGUAAGCCUUCAGAGGAUGUUACGUAUGCCUCGAUCGACCACACCUCUGUCAAUAGCUCAAGAAGACCCAGACCUACCACAGAUGAUGAUUGUGACUACGCUACGGUUAAUGUCCCAGCAGCACUUCAACGGGAGUCUGAGUGCUCAUCUAAAGAAGAAUGUGAAGACGAUUAUGUACUGAUGGGGUAACCAGAAACAAGAGGACAAUUUCACUCAGGCUAAAGAUGCCGAUCUAGAAGUAAAUUUGGUGUCCAAUGUUUUGUCUUGGCAUCUAAGAACUCGAACUGCUAAUCAAGUCUUCAUCGUCAAAGAAAAAAGUUUCCCUCUAAAUUUGAGGCUGCGUAAGUGUGGUGUUCCUUCGUCGAGAAGACAAACUUGGAUCACAUCUGACUUCCUUACUGAGCCGAUCCCAACCUCAAGAGAAGAAUCUGGAAUCAAUACGUCUCUGAAACUGAAUUCAAAACUUUCGCCAUCUUCAUGUGAACUUCUGCAAGCUUUGCAGCGUCUCCCAAAGCUUCUGACCUGUACAGUACGAGUUACAGUGAGCUUAGUGACGGAAUUUUACUAUCACUAUGUGUUUGCAAUUUUACACAAUCAUUGUGUCAUUCAAAACAAUUCUGAUUGCACAUAUUUUUGUUCACAGUCAACAGUGGGGUUGUACUAAAACUUGAUCUUAGCACAAUAUUUGCACUGUGACUCAAAUUCAUACCGAAAGUCCAAGAAGGUUUUAAGUGACAAAAAAAAGUACAUUCAGAGCACAGUACGCUGACUAUACUGUUGACUGUCCAAGAAUCCAAGAAGGCACUUUCACAGCAUUUCAUUCAACCAUGGGGCAUCUAGGGGGAAUCCAGCUGAAGUAAAAAAGACAUUUUAAUAAAUUGUGUGUGAUGGUGAAACAGUUCCAUGAGAAAAACACAUUUUGCUUUCUCUUUGUAAAGCUGAAUGUGCUAAACAGCUUUCCAAAGUUACAGUUUUGUUUACAAUUGUGUCAUUUUCUGUUUCCAUACCUACUUUACAUACAUAUUGUAUAAUGAGGAUGUAUGUAUGAAACGUCUGGACACAUCAUUGCUGUUUGGGCUUGAAGAACUUUUGCCACUCCUGCAAGAAGUUACAUGAAUUUUGAAAAACUCCUCAGCAAUGUCUCCAAAAGACUGAACCCAGUAGCUUCUGAUAAAUUACAUUUAGUAACAACUUGACCUGAGUGAUCAUGAAACUUUUUUUAAUGAUUAUGAUGACAUAUAUAAAUGCAUAAAAAUGUCUUCAAACAACAUUCAGUGUGUCACUUUCAGUGUAAGAGCUCUGUUACCCUGUAAACAAAAAGCCCCCUUUUAGUCAGGUUGGCUUAACAACUGAUGAUUCUCUACUGCCAAAGAAAGUUUGAUCGUUAUCUGAAGUCUGUUGAAACAGGGCCAAAGCUUUGCUCCACCUUAAACUGAAGUUUUAGUUGUUGAAGUUUUGCACAACAUUUAGCUGCCUCAGUAGCUAUAUGUGCCAUUGUCUGAAUAUCAAAUCCAUGAUGGAAGAAUUUCAUGUUUAUGUUACUGUGUCCACAACACAAACUUUAAUCUGCAGUUCAGAGUCAUCUUUCAGUGCUCCUGAGAAUUACUGCAUGGCUGCACAUCAACCAGAUAUACUAAGAAUAGUUACUUAAGACUUGAGAAUUUACAUGUUUUUAUGUUUUGUAUGUGUCUGCAGAAUGCUAAUUUGUUGUCAAUGCCAAUUGUAUCCGUACAGAAUUAUUUAUAUGUGUUACUUGAUGCGUACGAAAUGGGGGAGAAGUGUAAUUUCCUGUAGGGUUUCUGUUGUUUCAUUGUGGGUUUACUGAUAUCUUUAUUGAUUAAAGGUUUACAGAAUA